ACAUUGGAACAUUUUGGAAGCUAUUCCGGCGCGCUUGGCUUCUACACACUCGAGAUAGAUUUAGAAGACGUCAUUAAAAGACAGGGCAACGAGCCAAGUGGGUGAAGGAGUCCGACGCAAUUCUACUCUUCACCCGCGUCACUGACGUAAGUGUUAAUGUACUGUCACCGAACGAUAGCUUCGCGUUCCCGUGCCAACGACGCAACAAUUGUUUUCUUCCCGUAACAGCUGAUGAUUCGAAUGGGAGCGGUGAAAUUAUGGAUAGUCUGAUGCGUUCGGUCGGCUUUGGUGUACACAGUUACCAUCCUUUUCGUCGUAACACGGAGAAAAAACAUAUAUUCGAUUUACAGUAUGCGUGCAAAUGCGUCAUUUUACGUCGGACCGGCCUGAAAAGGUUAAAAAGCCAUCGUUUGCCGCUUCCAAACUUGCUUCUGAGAUACCUUACUACGUUAUCCACCGAUGAGUUCGAGGAACUGGAAUGCGCUCCGUUCACCGAUAUGUUCGAUUUGCAUUUCUAUCAUCGCGCUCUGACGUACAGAGUGCGUUGCAAAUUGGACUGCAAUGAAUAUCUUGCUACGUACGACUCUGAUUUCUUUCCUCGGAAAGAUAACAGGAGCAAAUGGAUGGAAGUGGUGCACAAAUACGUUAUGUCGGUGUACGCCAUCGUCGUGGACGAGCCUACGGGAAAUCAGUUUUAUCUACUCGAUACUCCGACAGCCAAUCUAGAAAGUAUUAGAGGUGUUAUGCUGAAAUCUAAAAUCGUUCUACCAGAGGAUCAUCUGUGGAAGUUAGUACAUCAACUCAGUACUGCCCUCAUCUAUCUAAGUUCAACCGGUGUAGAUUACGGGUCGUUUUCUCUCGAUAAUUUAUACAUGGUCGGUCAAAGACUAGUGCUCGAAAAUGGAUUAACGAAGAAGAACAAGCUUAAAGAAAGCGAUAAAUGGAAGGUGGAAGACGAUCAAAGAAGUUUGGUGCAAAAUCUAGGUCGAGUGUUGAAUAAGUUAGUUUAUGCCAAUCGUUUGAUCAAUAACGUUGAUUAUUCUGACGAUUUGUUAAAGAUUAUAGGAGAUUGUCAAAGUGGUGAUCCUCCAGAAUUGGAAAAUAUUAGGCUUUUAUCUAAGAUGAGAUCUAAAACUGAUAUAACCUGUCCAGAAAUACCGUUAUGUAAUUUCGUUAAAAGUGUAAGAGAUGCUCGUUUACGUUCCUAGCCAUAAUUUUUUUAAUUAUUUAUUAUAAUUUUCAUUCAAGUUUAUUGGCGAUUUAAAUAUUCUAUAUUAGUAAGAAAAAGCUGGAUAUAUUCUUUUUGCUUUUUUAUGUAAUUAUUAUUAUUAUUUUGGUUAUAUUUUUGACAUAAUAAAGCUAUAAAUUGGUCUUUAUCGC